AAAAACCUUAACCCUUCUCUUGAGAAAAUAAAUAAAACAUAGUGUCAAAGCUCCUUAGCGCGCACGCACACACAGAUUCAAUUGAAGAUCGAAAAUGGACGCCAUUGAUUCUGUCUUUGAUCCACUCAGAGAAUUCGCUAAGGACAGUGUCAGACUCGUCAAGCGCUGCCACAAACCCGAUCGCAAAGAAUUCUCCAAGGUUGCCGUGCGCACUGCCAUCGGUUUCGUUGUGAUGGGAUUCGUUGGCUUCUUUGUCAAGCUCAUUUUCAUCCCAAUUAACAACAUCAUCGUUGGAUCUGGUUAGGAUAAGGGAAACUACAAUUGCCUCAGGAACGAGUUCAAGCUGUGAAACAUAAGGAAGCAGAAGCGGUUCCUGUUUUUAAUAGAAAAUUAGUGCACUUAAUCAUGGUUUCAAUUUUGUUUUUCCAUUUUUUUUUUUGUAAAAGUAAUACAUUACAGUUUAAACAUGUAAAAUUUUAUUUUUCCAUGGGUUAGACUUUUGACCCAUUAUUCAAGGAGGAAAAAGUUUAGAUAA